AAAUCGCCCGGAUCGUUGCGAAUCUACCGUCCAAAUGGCACGACCGUCAUGCAGCAUCAUUAUCUAAGCGACGCCAAUAUUCACUAUGCUAAGGUCGAAGACCGUGCGUUCGUUUACGAAGAAGGACAGGGAAAUACAUACGCAAUACACAACUCACGAUCUAGAGAGAAAGCCGAGAAAGAAUACAAAACUAGAAAAGGCAGGAAUGAGCCGUCGGACAGCGAAGAAAUGAAGACGGCUGUUAAGGAACUGGAGGAAGAUCCGGAUGCUGCCAUACUGGAACAAUUGGGACUCGCUCUAGGAGAAUUCGGAAUUUACGGACACGAAUCUCCUUGCGUUCUACCUCUGUACUCGGUUGUAAUAUCUGUCUCCAGACGAUUACUACAAGAGAAGAACACAAGAAGUGAUAGAUCUCUUCCAAGAGUUCGACGUGAAUCAUACUCUGAGGCUGAGUGUGCUUACCCUAAUCCUGAUAAUGACUGCGUUGGAAUGUGCGGUCUUCGUUGCUAUUGCUGGUCGUUUGUGUGUGGCGACUGCUGUUUUCAUCAAGGAUGCUACGACCACGACCAAUGCUGCAUCAGCUACUUGUCCUUUGGUUGCCUUUUUCCUAUUACCUUCAGCUGUAACUCUUACUCGUGCUGAGUGACUCUUGCUGGGAGGCAUGCAGACAAAUUGAAAACGUCUCUAGACUACUGCUGUUGCUCACUGCUAAUUGUAGCACUGCAUUCUAAUUGUUGUUGUUGUAGUUGUUGUUGUUGUUGUUGUUGUUGUAAUGUUGUUGUAAUGUUGUUGUAGUUUUGCUGCUGCAUGCUGACGUACGCAAAC